AUGAUUUCUUUAAUUAAGAAAUCAAAUAAAAAUUUAAUUUCAAAUACUAGUUUAAAUUUAAUAAAUAGAUUUACAACUACAACUCCAACUCCAACAACAUCAACAUCAAAUAAUAAUGAAAUUAUUAAAUCAAAUAAAUUUAUAAAUAUUUUUAGAUCAAAUUUAUUUAUACCAUUUCAAAAUGAUCAAAAGAUUGGUAGUGAUAUGUUAGAGAGUCAAUUAUUAAUGCAAAAAGGUGGAUUAAUUAGAAGAUUAUCAGCAGGUACAUAUUCAACUUUACCAUUAGCUCAAAAGGUUAUGGAAAAUAUAAUAAAGAUAAUUGAUGAAGAGAUGGAAAAAGUUGGUGGUCAAAAAAUGUCAAUGCCAAAAAUGUUACCAAGAGAACUUUGGGAAAAAACUGGUAGAUGGGAUUCAGCAGGUGACGAUUUAAUAAAAUUAAAGGAUAGAAAAGGUGAAGAGUAUUGUUUAGCACCAACUCAUGAAGAGGUUAUAACAACCAUAGUUGCCAAUGAGUCAUUGUCAAAUAGUAGUUUUCCAAUUAAAUUAUAUCAAAUCGGUGAGAAAUAUCGUGAUGAGGUUAGACCAAGAUUUGGAUUAUUAAGAGGUCGUGAAUUUACAAUGAAAGAUAUGUACUCUUUCGAUACAAGUAAAGAAGCUGCUGAAAUCACCUAUUAUCAAGUUAAACAAGCCUAUCAUAACAUUCUUGAAAGAUUAGAAUUACCCUAUGCUUGUGUUGAAGCUGAUUCUGGUAAUAUUGGUGGUAACAUGUCUCACGAAUUUCAAGUAUUAGCCAAUGUUGGUGAAGAUUCUUUAAUCUAUUGUAAAAAUUGUAAUUAUCAUGCAAAUAUUGAAAAAGCAAAAGGUUUACCAUCAACAAAUAUUAAAAAUUUAAAAAAACAAAAAUCAAUUUUAAAUAAACAAAUUAAUCAAGAAAUUAAUAAUAAUAACACCAAUGAUAAUCAAGAAAUUAAUAUAAAAAUUAAAGAAAUUGAAAAUGAAAUUAAAAAUUUUAAAAAUAUUAAAUUAUCAAUUAUGAAAAUUACAACAUUACCUUCAAAUUCUGAUAAAGAAAUUGAAGAAAUAGCUCUCAUUAUAAAUAAAUUAAAUGAUAAUUUUAAUCAAUAUAGUAUUAAACCAAAUUAUAAUGAUAUUAAACAAACUCAAGUUUUAUCACCUGAAGAAUAUAAAAAAUAUCGUUCAAUUAUUAUGAAAGGAAUUGAAAGUAAAAAUGUUGAUAAUAAUAGCGAUAAAUUAUUAUCAUUUGAAGAAAUUAUUAAACAUAAAUUAUUUAUUGAUGGAUCAGUUGAAUUUGAUGAAGAAUCAAUUUAUAAACCAUUGAAAUCAUUAUUAAAGAAAUUAUUAAAGAGAGAUUUAAGUAGAAAAGAUGAUUUGAUUUUAUCAAUGAAUCGUGGUCAAAAUUUCAGAGAAGCUAUUAAAGGUGAUCUUUGUGUACAACCUGUUUGUGAUGGUAAAUCAUUAUUGGAUACAAAGAGGGGUAUCGAAGUUGGCCAUAUUUUUUAUUUAGGUACUAAAUAUUCUUCAAAAUUGGGUGCUUAUUAUACUGGAGCUGCUCAACAAAGAAUUCCAUUGGAAAUGGGUUGUUUUGGUAUUGGUGUAUCACGUUUAUUAGCUACUAUUGUUGAAACUUUUAGUAAGGAAGAAACUGGUUUCAUUUGGCCACAACAAGUUGCACCUUAUCAAAUUAUCAUUGUUCCAAAACAUCUUAAAUCUCAAUUAUCACUUGCUGAAUCAGUCUCUGAACAACUUCAAACUGAAAUUCCAUAUUUAAAAUCACGUAUUAUCAUUGAAGAUCGUUCUAAAGCUCAUUUCGCUCAAAAAGUUUUAGAAUCAAAAUUCAUGGGUAUUCCUUACUUUUUAGUAAUUGAUAAUAAUAAUAAAUCAAUUGAACUUGGUGAAUCAUCAACAAAAGUUAAUUCUUUCAAAAUUGAAUAUAAAUCUGAAACUCCAACUUUAAUUCAAAAUCAAUUUGAUUUAAUUAAUUAUUUUAAAAAUAAAUUUAAUUAA